AUGCCAACCGUCGGAUGGGUUCGUCUGGAAGAGAUCACACAAAUGACGUGUGGAAUCAUUUCGGUCCAUACAAAUGCUCUUCUGAUGUACUUGAUCAUUGCAAAGUCUCCUCCGAAACUUGGCUCAUAUAAGUGGUUGAUGCUCUACACAUCUUCUUUCGAGUUCUUCUACGCGUUUGUGAACUUGUUUGCUGGACCGUCGGUCCACACCUAUGGAUCUGCUUUCAUCGUUUUCCAAGACAUGCGGAACUUUUUGUUCAGCCAUCAAGUGGCUCAAUUUCUAGUUUGCCUAUACUGUUCUUGCUUUGGUUUCUCGAUGGCAGUGUUUGGAGGGCACUUCAUUUAUCGAGUGUUCCGAGAGAAGUACUUGGCUGGUGCAAAGCAAGUUCUCCUGUACGUAUUCCCGUUCUUUUAUGGGAUUCUAUGGGGAAUCAUUUGUUGGGUGUACUAUGGUGAGACAUCGGAAAGGACAGAGUAUUUGAGGGAUACAAUGCUGGAGAACUACCGCUUGAAUAUCUCAGACUGCGCUUACAUAAGUGCACACUUCUGGCCAUUUGAUGAACAUCGAAACGUUUAUCCAGAUUCUGACUCAUUUUUGGGAAUCGCGAUCAUGUGGGGGAUUCUGGGUUCAUCCGCAAUCAGUGUGAUAUAUUUCGGGCUUGCUUGUUAUCGUUGGUUGACUAAGAAGCUUGGCGGAAUGGAAUCCGUUUCGGAAUCCAUGAAAUCUCUUCAAAAGCAAUUGUUCAAUGCCCUACUCAUUCAAUCAGCCAUUCCUUUGUUCCUUAUGUAUCUUCCAGCUGGAAUGGUUUUCAUUUUUCCAAUGUUAAACACUGAAAUCAAUUUGAAAUAUCCAUUCAUUGGUUUAACUAUUGCUGUCUAUCCUGCAAUUGAUCCUCUUCCAACCAUGAUUAUUAUUAGAAGCUACAGAAGAGGAUGUUGGGAACUUUUCCGAGCGAUAACUUGUCGAAAAAACCCGAGAAUUGAUAUCCAUCACUCAAAUUUGCCAUCUACAACCGCUGCAGGAACCCCGAAGGCUGAUAACAUCAGCUCCUAUCUGACCAACUGA